CCGGCUUCUCUCCUUUACCUAUACUCACCUAUCAAACUGAAUAAACGAAAUAACUUAUUUAGAUCGUUUGAAUCCAAGUUCCAAUCGAUGGCCGAGCCAGGGGAUGACGACAAGCUGCUGAGGAAGAUCGCCCAGUCAUUCAAGGAGCUCACGGCGGUCCUGAACUCCGAGACGGCGGACAUCGAGCGUGCCCCAUUCUCCCAAGCCUGCUCUCUCGUGCUCCCUCUCAUUGGCUCCCUCGGCAUCGCUUUCAAGUUCGCCGAGAUGGACUUGGCCCCCAAGGUUCGUAUACUGGCAGACGCAUCCAAGUCAAUCAAGACCUUGCCAGCUUUGCUGGAUCGCGAUGUGGAAAGCAACUGCAUCAGUAAACCAGGUUGCCAUUCGAGACACCUUCUGAGGGUGAAUCGGGCCCUGGACUUGGUCAGGGUAUUCUUUGAACAGAUUCUUGAAUCAGAGGGGGAUUCCUACAAGGAUGCAGCCAAAAAGGCUUACGCACAGGUUCUUGCUCCUUUCCAUGGAUGGGCCAUUAGGAAAGCUGUAGCUGCUGCGAUUAAUGUCCUUCCCACAGCGGGAGACUUAUUUAAGAAAGUCAAAGAGGAUGAGAACUCCGCGAAGACUUAUUUGCAGGAUUACAUUGUUGCUUCAGAAGCUGUCAUUCUUUACAUCAGCGGACUCUUCCUUUCUAGAGGACUAGGUGUUGAUUUGAAAGAAAAGCCAUGACACUUAAGUGAGCAUCGCACAAAAGCAAUAGCAUUCAAGUUAGCACCAUGAGAUAGUUAAGACAAAUGUAAUGUCCUUGUUUUCCAUUUCUUAUGACUUGGGAAACAUAUGAUAUCCGUACUGAUGUAUCCGUAUAUACUUGAUUGCAUAGUAACAUUGAGUUUGUCCAUGGAUCUUAUUUACUUUGAAUUUUAGACAUUUUUUCAUUAGAGCAAAAGGUGUACGAGCACGUCAUGGUAGUACUAUUAAAGGGCUGUAUUGUUGUUGUUGGCCUAA